GUCUACUUUGAUCGAUACUCUAUAUCGAUAUCAAUCUAUGUACCCACAAUCCUUUAUUUGGCCUUUCUUCCGCUAAAGCCAAGAUGAAGGUCGAGCUGUGUAAUUUCAGUGGGCUGAAAAUCCACCCUGGCCAUGGCCGUCGGUAUGCCAGAAUCGACGGAAAGGUCUUCAAUUUUAUCAAUGGCAAGUGCAAGGCCUCCUUCAUGAUGAAGCGCAACCCACGUCGGGUGAACUGGACAGUGCUCUACCGUCGUAAGAACAAGAAGGGUUCCCAGGAAGAGAUCACCAAGAAGAGGACACGUAGAACCACCAAGUAUCAACGUGCCAUUGGUAGCGCCUCUCUUGCUGACAUCAUGGCCAAGAGGAACCAGAAACCAGAGGCUAGGAAAGCCCAGCGUGAGCAAGCCAUCAAGGCUGCCAAAGAAAAAACGAAGGCAAAGAAGGCCCUGAAGAAGGCUGCAGCUCCACCCAAGGCGAGAGCAGGCACAAAAGGCAAGGCACAACAGAAGGUAAAAUCAUCAGCACCACGUGUUGGCGGAAAGCGAUGAGGACACUCUAGAGAGGGUGGCAUUAAAAAAACUGUACAGAUUGCAGGAAUGAAUAAAUGUAUUCAUAUGCAAUGCA